CCGGAGCCGAGCGGGCGGCGCGGGCAGCUCGGGCUAUGCUGCAACAUGGUGCGUGGCCGAAUCUCCAGGCUCUCGGUGCGCGACGUGCGCUUCCCCACGUCGCUGGAGGGCCACGGCUCCGACGCCAUGCACACAGAUCCUGACUACUCGGCUGCCUAUGUCAUCUUAGAGACGGAUGCGGAAGACGGGCUCAAGGGGUAUGGGCUUACCUUCACUCUGGGAAAAGGCACGGAAGUUGUGGUCUGUGCUGUGAAUGCCCUCGCCCACCAUGUGCUUAACAAGGACCUCAGGGACAUCAUCGGUGACUUCAGAGGUUUCUACAGGCAGCUCACAAGUGAUGGGCAGCUCAGAUGGAUCGGUCCUGAGAAAGGUGUUGUGCAUCUGGCUACCGCAGCCGUUCUCAACGCUGUCUGGGACCUGUGGGCCAAGCAGGAGGGAAAGCCUCUGUGGAAGUUACUUGUUGACAUGGACCCCAGGACGCUGUUAUCCUGCAUUGAUUUCAGGUACAUCACAGACGUCCUGACUGAGGAGGAAGCCUAUGAAAUACUGCAGAAAGGUCAAGUUGGUAAAAAAGAGAGAGAAGGACAAAUGCUGAUGCAAGGCUACCCUGCCUACACCACGUCAUGCGCCUGGCUGGGCUACUCAGACGACAAGCUGAGGCAGCUCUGCACGGAGGCACUGAAGGACGGCUGGACCAGGUUUAAAGUGAAAGUGGGUGCUGAUCUCCAGGAUGACAUCCGUAGGUGCCGCCUCAUCCGGAAUAUGAUUGGACCCGAGAAGACGCUGAUGAUGGAUGCCAACCAGCGCUGGGAUGUGCCUGAGGCAGUGCAGUGGAUGGCAAAGCUGGCUGAGUUCAAGCCACUGUGGAUUGAGGAGCCCACCUCCCCAGAUGACAUUCUGGGACACGCCACCAUUGCCAAGGCGCUGGUCCCAUUAGGAAUUGGCGUUGCCACCGGAGAACAGUGCCACAAUAGAGUGAUAUUUAAGCAACUCCUUCAAGCGAAAGCCCUGCAGUUUCUCCAGAUUGACAGCUGCAGGCUGGGAAGUGUCAAUGAAAACCUUUCAGUGUUGCUGAUGGCCAAAAAGUUUGAAAUUCCGGUUUGCCCCCAUGCUGGUGGAGUUGGCCUCUGUGAAUUGGUUCAGCAUCUGAUUAUAUUUGACUUCAUAUCCGUUUCUGCAAGCCUCAAGAACAGGAUGUGUGAAUAUGUCGACCACCUGCACGAACAUUUCAGGUAUCCUGUGGUAAUCAAGAAGGCUUCCUACAUGCCUCCUCAGGAUGCUGGUUAUUCAACAGAAAUGAAGGAAGAAUCUGUAAAGAAACAUCAGUAUCCAGAUGGUGAAGUCUGGAAGAAACUCCUUGCUGCUUAAGGGAAUUAAAUGUUCAGCCCUAACACCCUUUCCUAAGUGAAAAUUCUUACAUACACUUUUUGGGUGUGGUUUUACAAAAACAGGAGAAAGAAGUCAUCCUAGAGUUCAAAACAAUUUCAGCCAAAAGUCCUGUUAACCCUAGGAAUCAGCUGUCAUUAUUACUUGAUUCUUUUACAAAUAAACGUAUUCUCCUAAUUAGUCCCUAAA